GUCAUCGAAGGUGAAGAUUACGAGGAGACAUCGAAGGCGGCUUACGCAUUAUCGUUUUAUUGUGUGACUUAUUUGUGUGCAGUGUAACCUAACGCAGACACACUUUAAUGCAAUAUGCAGCACUGUGUACAAUGUCGGAGUUGUCCAAGCAGUAGCAGUUUAAGAGCAGAAUUGUAGCUGCUCUGCUACAUCAGUAUGAGCACCAAAUGCUAACUUGCCUAGCUACGCUGUUAGCAUCUUAGUAGCUGUUCCGUCCAAUUGAAGGCAGCAUUGAGUCCUACUAAACAGACUACAUACAGUCCAUGGUACCGAGAAAAGCAGCAAAAUGACCUCAGCUUCCACUAAAGUUGGAGAGAUCUUCUCUGCAGCGGGAGCCGCCUUCACCAAACUAGGAGAGCUCACCAUGCAGCUUCACCCGGUGGCAGACUCCAGUCCUGCAGGUUCCCAUCCUCCCUCCAGUAGUCAGACAAAGGGCACCGUGAAGAGGAAGCUGUAUGAAGACGGAGCUCUGCCGGCCAUCUCCGACGGGCCUAAGAAGGGUACCAAGAAAGCCAACGCUGCUGUCGCCAUCGCAACGCAGGGCACUCCAAACGUCAUUUCCGUGCCCACUGGUCGGGGCGUCGUAGCGUCAGGACUACAGGGGGCCCCCUCCAGACAGCCCGCCCUGAAGAAACAGAAGACUGCAGACGUGACCUUGAGUGCUCUCAACGACUCAGAUGUCAACAGUGAUCUUGUGGACAUGGAGGGACUCGGUGAAGGAUCCAACUCCAAGAAACUCAACAACUUUGAUCAAGAUAACCUGAACCUGGACUCGGGCCUCAUCAUGAACCAGAGUGACCUGUCUCUGCUCUCCCGCUGACCCAUCGCUUCCCGUGGACUCUGAAGUGAUGGACAGAACUAUGGAGUUAAAACCCAAGUUGUAAAUAAAAAAAAAGAGACUUUUCCUCUGAGCCAGAAGACGCUGACCACCCACAUCGGGACAAAGAUAGCCAGAGUAUUGAAUACUGUGUUGUAUCGUGCGGGACUCUAAGAGUUAUCAGCACUUUCAGAAUCGUGUUUGAAUCAUUUACCUUUUUUUACUGCUAUAAUUAUUGUUUUCGACCAUUUCCUCUCCUAAUUGACUUUUGCUCUGUAGGAGCAUCCAAAACAAAUGUGAGGAAGCUGUUCCAACAUUCGUACUUCCUGUGUUUCUUUAUAAAGAAGUCAGGAAAACAAACACAAUGCAGCAGAGAAACCUCGGCUCCAUCAAGGACAGAAAAAGCGGGACAGAGUUUAGUUGGAUUGUAUUUCAUGUCCUCGCCACAUCUUGCUAAAGGUUGUAUUAGCAGGUGAUUACACACGUCUUAGUUUGGGUUAAACAUAUUUAAGUAGUUAUUAAAGUCUUCAGAACAACAAAGACAUGUUGGAGUCCUGUCUGAGUGAAUGGCUGCAGUGUAUUUAGUAUGCUUUGUCUGAAUUGCUUCCUUCCUUUUAUCACGCCAGUAAAAGAGCUACAACCGUCAGAUUGUAUUGUCAGAAACACUCCAAUAAUGAACUAACAAUGGUGUUGGCUUAUUUUUUAAGAGCUGAUAAGUAUGAACUUGAGUGCAGUACACAUUUUGAAGGCCUCAAAAAACACGAGUUGUUGUGGAGCAGUAAUUUGGAUAUAUACUGUAAAUGUAAGUCAUAAAAAAAAUCUCUUCACUUCAUUUUGUUUAAGAAAACAAUCCUCUGCACAAAAGAUGGCUAAAAGUUAGAAAAUGUUACUUAAAUGACCGGUUUUCUGUAUUUGAGGUAUAAAAAGGUAAUAAUUGUAAUUAUUAAUACUCUGGUUGAAAUCAUGAUAUCACUCAAGCUGUCUGAGGAUGAGAAAAUUCAACAGUAAAUAUAAAAAAUAAACUUGUAUUUAUUUGACUUACAUUCAAAUGAACUGUUGAAAUUCUAAUAACAUGACAAGGGAUGAGUUCUGUUAGUGUAUUGUAGAGUUUACCUUCAUACAUAGUGCAAUUCAAAUAUUACACAUGCUUGUUAGUUGAGACACCUCACUAUGUUUUAUCUGUAGAGAAUAUUUUAUAGGGACGACAUUUAGGAGGGAGUGACUGAUAGUGAUUUAAUAAAAACCACUAGAUUGCACUGAUGAUUUAUUCAUGUGUAUCUCCAGUUUAUCAAGUGGGGUUAGGGUUAGUAAAAAUAACCACAACACCAUAAAAUCCUCUCCUUUUUUGGAAAAUUAUCUCCUUGGUCCAGUUGGAGAUUCUAUUUGCGGUGCAUUCAUUUUAAUUGAAUUCCUUUUCCAAAGUUAGGGAAAGUGAGCCGAGUGAAAUCAGCAGUGUAACUCUGGCCCCUGUGUGAAGAAGAGACAUGAAAGAGGAGAACAGCAGACACUGGAUUUGUUUUUAGUUCUUUUAUUCAUCAUUAAUGUGACAGUGAAUUUCCCAAUUUAAGAUCAAUGAAUCAUUUUUUCUCAGUGGUUACAAAACAAGUAUGAAAGGUUGGAAGACAUUUCCUUGUUGAAGGGGAGUGUGAGUCUGACAGGAGCAGCACACGUCAUACUGGUAAUACAGACAGAGGAACUACCAGUAAUGAUGUGCUGCUACCGCCUGGCACACGGAAGGUUAACCCCAAAUACUCACAAUCAAUGUAUAUCAACUAAAACUGUAAAGAUAGCAUGGCUUUUACAAUGUGUGUCGUAUACAUGUGGUACAGAAAUGUAUUUUAUUUGUACCGGUGUGUUAAAGGAACUACUCCAACUCCA